AUGAGGGGAAGGAGCUACACCCCAUCACCACCACCACAUAGAGGAGGUCAUAAAGGGAGAGGUCGAAGCCUAAGCCCAAGCCCUAGCCCUAGAGGAGGCCGAUAUAGAGCUCGUAGCAGGAACCUCCGUACCAGUCUUUUCCUUCGCAAUCUAAGCCGUGACUGCAGGCAAGAUGAUCUCAGGAAGGCAUUUAAAAAAUUCGGUCCUAUCAAAGAAAUUUACUUGCCAAGGGAUCAUCAUAUUGGAGAUCGGAGAAAGUUUGGCUUCGUUCAUUUUGAGGAUCCUGCUGAUGCUGCUGAGGCAAAAGAUCACAUGGAUGGUGAUCUUCUUCUUGGGCGUAGGUUGGCUGUUGUGUUUGCAAGGGAUAGUGGUUAUAGAAGCUUUCGGGAUGGAAGGCGUAGUUCCCCUCGUUACUACUCUGGCUCGCCUAGCUCUUCUCGUUCUCCACCUCCCUCUAGAAGACAUCAUCACUCAAGUCGCAGGAAAGAAGGAUAUGAUAGGAGGAGAAGGUCUUACUCACGCUCACCCGCCUACAAUGGCUCAAGGGGUCGCAGUGAAAGUCCAGCCACAAGUAAGAGCCGCAGCAUAAGCCGUAGCCCACCCAGAAGAAGCAUAAGCCGUAGCCCGAGCAGAAACAGGAGUCGGAGCCGUAGGAGAAGAAGGAGCAACACACCUGUACCAGCGAGAAGGAGGAGGAGUCGGAGCCCUAGGAGAAGGAGGAGGAGUCGGAGCCGUAGGAGAAGAAGGAGCAACACACCUGUACCAGCGAGAAGGAGGAGUCGGAGCCCUAAGAGAAGAAGGAGCAACACACCUGUACCAGGGAGAAGUCACAGCCCACGUGGGGAGUAG